AUGAGAAAGAUGUCUAUGAAAAGACUCUCGCUUAUGCUGCUGCUACAGCUGACUUGUUGCUUUAGCGGUGGGAGUUGUGGAAAGGUGCUGGUGUGGCCGGUGGAAUUUAGUCACUGGCUGAAUAUGAGGACAAUUCUGGACGAACUUGUCACGAGGGGUCAUGAGGUGACUGUUCUGAUAUCUUCCGCUUCCACUAUUCCUAAUUCCAGCAAACCAUCUACUAUGAGAUUUGAGACUUUUCCUACAACUUUAACCAAAAGUGAUUAUGAGAAUUUUAUGGAACGUCUUCUUGAGGAAUUGACAUAUGUGGCGAAAGAUUCCUUUUGGUCCUAUUUGGCAACAGUGAAGAGUGUAUUUUGGGAAUUUUUUGAUACUACUUUAAGUAUGUGUAAGGACGCUGUUUCCAACAAGAAAUUAAUGACAAAACUACAGGGAUCAAGGUUUGAUAUCCUUAUUGCAGAUGCCGUUGGACCCUGUGGUGAACUGCUGGCUGAACUACUUCAAAUACCAUUCGUGUACAGUCAUUACACCUCACCUGGCCAUAUAAUUGAAAAGAAUAGCGGAAGACUUCCAUUCCCACCAUCUUAUGUACCUGUUAUGUUUUCAGAAUUAAGUGAUCGCAUGACAUUCAUGGAGAGGGUCAAAAAUAUGUUUUACACACUUUAUUUUGACCUUUUCUUCACAGCAUACAACGAUAAGAAGUGGAAUCAGUUUUACAGUGAAGUACUAGGAAGACCUACUACCUUAUCAGAGACAAUGGGGAAAGCCGAAAUGUGGCUCAUUCGAAGCUACUGGGACUUUUCAUUUCCCCGUCCACGACUACCAAAUGUUGAAUUUGUUGGAGGGCUCCACUGCAAACCUGCCAAGCCUCUGCCUAAGGAAGUGGAAGAGUUUGUACAGAGCUCUGGCGAAAAUGGAAUUGUGGUGUUUUCUUUGGGGUCAAUGGUCAGUAACAUGUCAGAAGACAGAGCCGAGGUGAUUGCAUCAGCCUUCGCUCAAAUUCCACAAAAGGUGCUAUGGAGAUAUGAUGGCAAAAAACCAGAUAACUUAGGACCCAACACCCGGUUGUAUAAAUGGCUUCCCCAGAAUGACCUUCUUGGCCAUCCAAAAACCAAAGCCUUUAUAACUCAUGGUGGAAGCAAUGGUGUUUAUGAGGCCAUCUAUCAUGGGAUCCCUAUGGUGGGCACUCCUUUGUUUGCUGAUCAAGCUGAUAACAUCGCUCGAAUGAAAUCCAAGGGAACAGCUGUCAGGUUGGACUUGGAAACAAUGUCAACAAGAGAUUUGCUCAACGCAUUGAAGGAAGUCAUUAAUAAUCCUUCCUACAAAGAGAAUGUGAUGAGAUUAUCAGCCAUUCAACGUGAUCAGCCUAUGAAGCCCUUGGACAGAGCAGUCUUCUGGAUCGAGUUUGUUAUGCGCCACAAAGGAGCCAAGCACUUGCGGCCAGCUAUCCAUGACCUCACCUGGUUCCAGUACCACUCUCUGGAUGUCAUUGGGUUCCUGCUGGCCUGUGUGGCAACUGCCAUAUUUGUCAUCACAAAAUGUUGUCUAUUUUGUUGCUGGAAGCUUGCUAAAACAGGAAAGAAGGGGAAAAGAGACUAG